GGUAGCGUUGGUAGUGAUAGUGAGGGAAGACAGAGUCCCGAACAAAGGCGGAAACGUCCUUUACGAGCCCGUGGUACCCCCGCGCUCUCACUCAUCGUCAUUGGAUAACUUGCUGACUGGGGAGGAGCCGUCACAGGAUGCGCAGGAAGUGUCAGAUGGAUCGAGCACAGAAACCGAUGAUCGGCACGACUCUUCGGAGCGCCUCGAUUCACAAGGUGAAUCUAAAAGGAAAAAGCAAGGCAAAAAAACUAGAGGUUCCCCGGCGGACGAACGGCGAUUAUCUACCGAGUUCGCGGAGGAAACUCGAGACGACACUAGAUCUGUUUCGGAGGGUGAAGACGGCAGGUUAACGCCCCGACCCGAAUUUCCGCCGCUUGGAUCUGAACUAUCUGAAUCUAAAAAACAAACGAGCCGAGAUAGCGGCUUCGUGGGCAGCUGUGAUGAUCUCUUGAGGAAUGGCGAUUCUAGUUCAGACUUUACUCGAUCUCACGAACCUAAAGUAGAAUUAGAGGAGAUUAUUGAGGAAAUAAGGCCCGACAUAGAAGAACGUGUAGAGGGUCCCCCAUCGUCCGGUCCCCCACCCACACCCCUAAUACGUAAGGAUAGCUUUAAUAACUGGUCGUCCGAUGAAGAGACCAACUUAAUGAUGACUAAAAUGCGCCAAUUUUUCAAGCAGAUGAUAAAUUCAGCGAACGUUCGCGCGUCUACACCGCAGUCAUCUAAUUCGGAAAGUUCGCGCCCGCCGAAACCACCGCAAUUAUUGUAUUUUGAAAGCGAACUGACGCGACUUAUGAAAACUGUACCUGGUAUCCGGGACGAGGAAGUGCGCGAAAUAGUCGAAUAUUUGUCAAGCGAAGACACAUGGAGCGAUUCGUAUGAUUCGUCCGAUUAUGCCGGCUCAGAUUUAGAAGGGACCGCGGCGAAUCGUUCGGCCUUGAGGAAACAGAUAUCGGAAAGUUGUCGCGAGAUAAUAGACGAGUUCGAUCGUGGAAAUGGCGAGGGUGGCUCGCUGGAGCGCGACGCGGCCGGCGCCUACCAACGGCUGGCGGCGACGCUGGGCCGGGCGGGUGAGGGAUCGCCGCCUCUCUUCGGGAAGGUGAUGCGGCAUAUAGGGGGUAGGCUAGUGGCGUUAAUGCAUGAAGUGUCUGGUGGUGUGCCUAGUACGGACGAUGAUAGUGCGUCGGAGCCUGGUGCGUUGGCCCGGAGUCGUUCCCACGACAUCCUGGAAGCCACGGCUAGUCGUGGAAGUGUCGCGAGUGAUAGUGAACGGUUUUCGUGGCGUGGUAGUUUCGAGUCCGCCUUGCUUGCGGCGGACUCGCGCGGGACGCUGGGUGGUGGUGGCGAGGCCCGGCGCUCGCCGGCGGGCGCCGAGCUGGCCGCCCAGAAGUCGCACUCGAGGAGUUGCGGCGCCAUCGGUGGCAGCGAGGAUCGGUUGUGGCGGGGCAGGCGGCGAGCUUCUGCGCCUGAUGCUGAGUCUGAAGAAGAGCAGCGUGCCGGUUCGCUCCCCCGCCUCUCCUCCAUUGCGGGCACCGCGACCGCGCCCGCCGGUCCCGUCAAAUCGGCGCGGUACCGCGCCCCGGGCUUCCGCACGGCGACGCGGGCGGCGUCCGCGCCGGGCCUGCACGCGCCGCGCCGGCGCCGACCGCCGACCGCGGCGGCGCAACCGUCGCCCGCUGCGCCUGCGUCCGCACCUAGCUUAGAUGAGACGUACAUAUCAGAGUCGGUGUCGCCCGGCCACGCGACGCUGCCGCGGCGCUCCAACUCGCCGCUGCCGCACGAACGCGACCUCGAUCGGUUCUCGCUCAACAGAAGUGGCCUUCAGAACCGUUCGGAGUCCAUGGCAUCAGUGUAUUCGGGCGCCGGCGAGGGAAUGCGUGGCAACGUUACAGUUAGAGGAGACGUGCAGUUUUCUUUGCUAUACAAUUACCGACUCGGAGCGUUGGAAGUCGGCGUGCGGAGGUGCAGAGAUCUCGCGCCUGUCGAUGUCAAGCGGAACCGAUCGGAUCCUUAUGUUAAGGUCUACUUGUUACCGGACAAGUCCAAGACUGGCAAACGGAAGACAAAGGUUAAGAAGAACACGCUCAACCCGAUCUUCGAGGAGACGCUGAGCUUCGUGCAGCCGCUGGCCUCGCUGUCCUCACGGACACUGUGGCUUAGCGUGUGGCACGCGGACAUGUUCGGCCGGAAUGACUUCCUUGGAGAGGUGACGCUGCCGCUGGCCGACGUCGUGUUCGACGACCCCGCGCCCAUGUGGUACAAGUUACACGAGCGGACGGAACAAUUCGAUGAGCAACAAGGCACGCGCGGAGACCUGAUCAUAGGAUUAAAGUUUGAACUAUCCGAGACCGGCCCGCGCGCUAAAGGAACCCUUCACGUGCUAGUUAAAGAAGCUAAGAACGUCGUCGCCACCAAGCCGAACGGACUUGCUGAUGUAUUCUGCAAGAGCUAUCUCCUCCCCGAACGCGGCCGGCUCGCGAAACAGAAGACGAACGUCUGCCGUCGCACGCUCAACCCGCGCUGGGAGCACACCUUCACAUAUCGCGGCCUCACCAUGCAGGAGCUCAGCACGAGAGCUUUAGAACUCAGUCUGUGGGACCGCGACCGGCUCGCCUCCAACGACUUCAUGGGCGCAGUCAGACUGUCGCUAGGAACUGGAACAUACAUGGGCGCCAACGUAAAUUGGAUGGACAGCGUAGGCAAAGAAGUAUCCCUGUGGCAAGACAUGAUGCAGAACCCCAACAUCUGGGUCGAACGCUCGCUUCCUCUCCGACCGCAACUCAACAAUUAAAUCAUUCCAUAGGCAUACUCGGGCAAACCCAAUCGUCAGUAGAAAAAAAAAACACGAAAUAUGAUGGCAACCCCACAUAUUUUUUUAAAUAUUUGCCGCUUUUUUCUACUGACAAAUAAAUAAAAUUUAGGUAUCAAACAUCAUUUCAGUGUAAUUUUAGUAGGUACCUAAUGAAAAUCAAGUGGAUCAAUUGGGACCAAAAUCAUGUCUUCAAUUUUAAAAUGCCUUUUUACGAAAUUUACAUUCUUCCUUUAUAGGGUUACCUAGGCUAACAUCUUACUAAGGACCAAUGUGCCAAUCGUGUAAAAUGUUAAUUUAUACAUUUUAUUCACCUACCUAGAAAUAUUGUCUUUCUGUAUCUUGUCUGUACUUCUUUUAUAUACUUACUAAACUUCCUUAAAGGUGAAUUAUUUAGUGAUGAAUACUCUACAAAUACUUUAUAUUAUAUAUUUGUAUUUACUAAUCGAUUACAUUCCAACUUUGUGAUGAAUACUUUUAUAUAUAAGAAGACUUUGAUGACAAUAAUAUUAAUUUCUACUAGUUACUGCCUACUAGUAUUUCGUUUAAAAAAUAAAUACGUUAAUGCAUUUAAAAAUAGGUCUAUAUAUUAAGUUUAAUGUACAAAUUAAGUUCACAUGAGUUUCUAAGUGUCUGCUCAUGCAUAUUGUGAUUUAAUUAUACAUUUUGGAGAGUUGAAAAUGGUGUUGAAGAGUGUAUGAGUGUGUGAAAUGUUAAAAAAUAUGUGAAUAAUGACAAAUAACUUGUCUACUUAAUACUUAACGAUAUGGAGUGGAGACGUCCAUAGUAUAUAAAAUAGCCUUAGUUUGCCUACUUAACGACGAUACAGAGUACUGUAGGUCCCGGUUUAUUUAAUAACUAUUUUUGUAUUAAUAUUGUCGAUGUCAGAAGCGAUAUAAAAUAAAUAUUGAAUCAA